CCUGUUUAGAAACAGUUGCUAUAUAAAUAGUGCACUUUCUUCCUCUGAAGUUGCACAAAAGUGACACACUAAUGGCUGCUGCACAGGAAAAUGGUUGGCCUCUUGGACUUGUUCAACCAGUGAAUGUGAUAAUGGGACUUGAACCAAUUAGAAAUCUUGAUUUUUCUGGUUCACUAUCCUCAGGCAACUUCUGUGUCACUUCAUCAAACUCAGAAACAGAGUCCAGUAUUUCAUUCUUCAAUGAUAGAAGCAUCACUCUUGGAAGUCUUAUUGGUUUUACAAGCAUUGUGAAAACAGAGUCAUUAUCUCUUGGCUAUUUCCUUGAAGUUGAGAGAAGAGCUAGCAAUUCUUCUUCAUUGGAGAAGAAGCCAUCAUCAAGCUCUUGCUUGCUUUGUCUCUGUUACAGUGUUUAACUUUAAUGUUCUUGCUUUGAUUGAAAUAAACUUUAGUUAAUGUAUGAAGCUUUUGGUUUUUGUUUA